CGCCGGGCCCCGUUCCUCAGUCCUUAUAUGGGCAGUGACGUCCCGGGCAUUCAGGGGGCCCCCAUAAAUAGUUACCGCCAGACUUGUCCUCCAGCGCGAGCUGCGGCGGGAGCGCGGCGCUCCCGGGGCACCGCGGGCACCGCACCGCCGCGACGGGGCGGCCGCCCGCCCGCACAUGCCGCGCCGGCUCCCCGCGGUCCCCCCGCGCCGGUAGUGGGAGGCAGGGGGAAGCGCCCCCUCCUCUCCCUCCCCUCCCCGCCCCGAGCGCCCACCGCCGGCCGGGAGCGCCGCUCCCCCGGCCGCCCCGCUGCCCCCAUGAUGACAGCCAAGGCGGUGGACAAGAUCCCGGUGACCCUCGGUGGGUUCGUGCACCAGCUCCCCGAGGGCAUUUACCCCGCGGAUGACAUCUCCGCUGCGCUGCCAACUUCGGUCGCGAUCUUCCCCAAUGCCGACCUGGCAGGGCCGUUUGACCAGAUGAGCGGUGUGGCAGGAGACGGCAUGAUCAACGUGGACAUGGGCGACAAGCGGGCCCUGGACCUGCCCUACGGUGGCGGCUUCGCGCCCAACGCCCCGGCUUCCCGCAACCAGACCUUCACCUACAUGGGCAAAUUCUCCAUCGACCCGCAGUACCCUGGCGCCGGUUGCUACCCCGAGGGCAUCAUCAACAUCGUGAGCGCGGGGAUCCUGCAGGGGGUCAGCACGCCCUCCUCCGCCGCCUCCUCCGCCGCCUCCUCCGCCUCCUCCGCCGCCUCCUCGGCCACCGCUGCCUCCGCCACCUCCCCCAACCCGCUGGCCGGGGCCCUCGGCUGCACCAUGGCACAGGGCCAGCCAGCCGACCUGGAGCAUCUCUACUCGCCUCCGCCGCCGCCCUACUCGGGCUGCGGUGACCUGUACCCGCAAGACCCCUCUUCGGCUUUCCUGCCCGCCGCCGGCGGCGGGGCACUGCCUUUUCCCCCGCCGCCCUCCUACCCCUCACCGAAGGCGGCGGCGGCCGACGGCGGGCUCUUCACAAUGAUCCCCGAGUACGGCGGCUUCUUCCCGCCGCCUCAGUGCCAGCGGGAGCUGCACGCCGGCCCCGACCGCAAGCCCUUCCCCUGCCCCCUCGACUCGCUCCGCGUCCCGCCGCCCCUCACGCCGCUUUCCACCAUCCGCAACUUCACGAUGGGGGCGCCCCCGGCGGGCGCCGCCCCCGGCAGCGCUCCCGGCAGCGGCGGGGGCGAGGGUGCGGGCGCCCGGCUGCCCGCCGGCGCCUACAGUCCCCACCACCUGCCGCUGCGGCCCAUCCUGCGGCCCCGCAAGUACCCCAAUCGGCCCAGCAAGACGCCGGUCCACGAGCGGCCCUACCCGUGCCCCGCCGAGGGCUGCGACCGCCGCUUCUCCCGCUCCGACGAGCUCACCCGGCACAUCCGCAUCCACACGGGCCACAAGCCCUUCCAGUGCCGUAUCUGCAUGCGGAACUUCAGCCGCAGCGACCACCUCACCACCCACAUCCGCACGCACACCGGCGAGAAGCCCUUCGCCUGCGACUUCUGCGGCAGGAAGUUCGCCCGGUCCGACGAGAGGAAGCGGCACACCAAGAUUCACCUGCGCCAGAAGGAACGGAAAGGAGCCGCCGCCGGCGGCGGGUGCCCGCAACCCGGCGGAGGGAGCGGUGCCGCCGCCCUGGCCCCCUGCGCGGCGCGGACGCGGACGCCCUGACGGCGCGGGACGCGCAGGA